AUGGGACAAUGUAAAGGAUCUGAUUUUGGGGUGUCUGAUUUAGAGCUAAAAAUUAUAUGUGAUCAAGUUGAGCGACGCAAACGAUAUAGAGAGGAAUUUUUGAAAGCUAGAACUGAUCCCUGUUUACAUUCUAAGGAGGCCGGCUAUGUAUUCGAUCCGGCUAUUCAGAGAUUCCUGUCAUUGAAGAACACUCAUUUGGAAUACUUUACUCCCACUUUCGCGAACAUAAGAUUUGGGGUGUGCAUUAUUAUACUGCCGAUGCUAACUUAUGGCUACGCUAUAUGGACACAACGGACGAAAAUUGAAUGGGAUCGACGCUGCGGAAAGACUAAAUACCGUGAUAGAUUAUUUAAAUUCGCUUAA